GUAUACCUGAAACAGUUUCAUUUCGGUUUUGUUUUCACCCAUUCUGUGUCCAUCUUUCGAAGCAGAAAUCCAAUUCAGAGCUAUUGAAACCCUAGUAUGAAAGUUCGCAGCUCGUGAGGGUUUGAGAGAUGAGCGGGAAUGAGUUCCGUUUCUUCUUAUCGUGUGACAUAAGUCUACCUGUAGCGUUUCGAAUAGAGAGAUUAGAAGGAAAUUUGCCGGCGGCGAAGUCUUCUGGGUCAGAAAUUGAUUCCCCUGGAGAGGGGAGAAGGGCAGAACUAUAUGUCGAGUGUGGAUUAUACAUUGAUGGCGCCCCCUUUGGACUUCCUAUGAGAACAAGGUUGGAAUCUAGUGGGAAACCAUACUGCUGGAAUGAACUUAUCACUCUUAGUACAAAGUAUCGGGACUUAACUGCUCACUCACAACUUGCAUUCACCGUUUGGGAUGUUUCAUGUGAGAAGGAUGAGGGAUUAAUUGGUGGGGCUACCAUUCUUCUUUUUAACAGCAAGAAGCAACUUAAAACAGGAAAGGAAAAGCUUAGGCUUUGGCCAGGAAAAGAAGCAGAUGGAUCAUUCCCUACAACUACUCCUGGAAAGGUCCCCCGCCACGAGCGUGGAGAGUUGGAACGUUUGGAAAAACUUGCUAACAAGUAUGAAAGAGGACAGAUUCAACGCAUUGACUGGCUGGACCGUCUCACAUUUAAAAACAUGGAAAAAAUCAAGGAAAAAGAGAGCUGCAGAAGUGGAAGCUCUCAUUUAUACCUGGUAGUUGACUUCUGUAGUUUUGAGCACAGAGUUGUUUUCCAGGAAUCAGGAGCAAAUUUUUUUUCACCAAUUCCUGUGUCAUCAACAAAUGAACUUGUUAUUGUGUGGGACCCAGAAGUGGGAAAAAUUAAUCCUUCUGAACAUAAGCAGCUCAAACUGGCAAGGAGUUUGACUCGUGGUAUCAUUGACAGGGAUCUCAAACCAAGCUCUAAUGAAAGGAAAUCAAUACAAAGAAUUCUAAAGUACCCUCCAACAAGGACCUUGAGUGGUGAUGAGAGGCAACUAUUGUGGAAGUUCCGUUUCUCUUUGAUGUCAGAGAAGAGGGCCCUCACCAAGUUUCUUCGAUGUGUUGAAUGGAGUGACCUUCAGGAGGCAAAGCAAGCAAUAGAACUGAUGGGAAAGUGGGAAACCAUUGAUGUGACUGAUGCACUGGAGCUUCUAUCUCCCAUUUUUGAAAGUGAAGAGGUUCGUGCAUAUGCUGUAAGCGUCCUUGAAAGAGCUGAUGAUGAAGAGCUCCAGUGUUACUUACUUCAGCUGGUUCAAGCUCUUCGGUUCGAGCGUUCUGAUAAAUCUCGCCUUUCUCAUUUCCUUGUGCAACGUUCAUUGUGCAACAUUGAAUUGGCUAGCUUCCUUCGAUGCUAUGUGGCUGUGGAACUCCAUGAUCCUGCAUACGCAAAGCGUUUUUACUGUACCUAUGAGAUCCUUGAAGACAAUAUGAUGAAGUUGACAGCUGGUGUUAAUGGUGAAGAAGAUGGAUACAAGUUGUGGCAAAGCUUGGUGCGUCAGACAGAACUGACUGCCCAGUUAUGUUCUAUAAUGCGAGAUGUUAGAAAUGUACGUGGAGGGACCCAGAAGAAAAUUGAAAAGCUAAGACAGUUACUUUCUGGUCUUCUUAGUGAACUUACCUACUUUGAAGAGCCAAUACGAUCGCCACUGGCACCUGGUGUGCUCAUCACUGGGAUCGUGCCAUCAGAGUCAUCAAUCUUUAAAAGUGCAUUGCAUCCUCUGCGCCUGACAUUUCGAACAGCAAAUGGGGGAAGCUACAAGAUCAUUUUUAAGAAGGGGGAUGACCUUCGUCAAGACCAAUUGGUUGUUCAAAUGGUUUCUCUAAUGGAUCGGUUGCUUAAAUUGGAGAAUCUUGAUAUGCAUUUAACUCCAUACAGAGUACUAGCAACUGGACCAGAUGAAGGAAUGAUGGAGUUCAUACCAUCCAGUUCCUUAGCACAUAUUCUAUCAGAGCACCGUAGUAUUAUAAGCUAUCUGCAGAAAUUUCAUCCUGAUGAAGAUGGGCCCUUUGGGAUAACAGCUACAUGUCUUGAAACAUUUAUAAAAAGCUGUGCUGGCUACUCUGUUAUCACAUACAUACUAGGGAUUGGUGACAGGCAUCUUGACAACCUUCUCCUUAGGGAUGAUGGGCGUCUCUUCCAUGUGGAUUUUGGUUUCAUUCUGGGUAGGGAUCCUAAACCGUUCCCUCCACCAAUGAAACUGUGCAAAGAAAUGGUUGAGGCUAUGGGUGGAGCAGAGAGCCAGUACUAUACGAGGUUCAAAUCUUAUUGUUGUGAAGCGUACAACAUCCUUAGGAAAUCUAGCAACCUCAUCUUGAAUUUGUUCUAUUUAAUGGCUGGAUCCAACAUUCCUGACAUAGCUUCUGACCCUGAAAAGGGCAUUCUUAAGCUUCAAGAGAAGUUUCGGUUAGACUUGGAUGACGAAGACUCCAUACACUUUUUCCAGGAUCUCAUCAAUGAGAGUGUUAGUGCCUUGUUCCCUCAAAUGGUUGAGACUAUUCAUCGGUGGGCUCAAUAUUGGCGCUGAUCCUAAAAUUUCCUUGAGGUUACAGUACCCUUUAUUUAUGAUAGGUGCUUACUUUUCCUGUUAAAUUUUCAGACGAGGAAUCAGUUGGACAGAAACUAUCUGCUUCUGGAGCUUAGAUGUAUGUUGAUUGUAAAUAGAUCUAUGUAAAUGUUGCCCUUCAACUUCCAUUUCAAUAAAGGUAAACUAUUUGUUUUAAAGGU